ACUUUCUAUUUCAUCGAUCAUCGUCUCAUCUUGCCAGACAUAUCCCUCACCUUUAUAUAUUGUCUAAUGUAGGUAGGUAGCUGGCUCAUCAUAGAGACUUCUUAUCAUUACCGCGUCACUUUCGUCAGGCAUACAUUCAUCCACAAGUGCACUCACUGUAGCCAUCGUCUCGGCUCUUGCUGCCAUCUUGUUCUGCGUUCGCAGAGUCUCAUUCGUAUUUGGUUUGAAACGUUCAGCUCAGCUAAAAAAAAAUUGUUGUACAUUUUCAUUCCUAAUCAUUAGCCAUUUCGUCAUGGUCUCUCUUCAACAGCACGGUGGCGUCAGCCGUCAACAGGCGGUCAGCCAACCCUCUUCUCAACGAGUCGUUCCCAAGCCUGUCCCUGAGGCGCAGUCGAAAGACCCCAGAGGAUACCAGCUCGAGCAGCUACGGCGCAGAUAUUUGUGUCAAGAAACGACACUCAAAGACGGCGCAACUUCUCUGGCAUUCAGGCUUAAGCCAUCAGAUCCAGAUUUCCCCUUCGACCUGGACCUUCUUGAGUGUGAGCUUCGAGUUCCCGAGCAUUACCCGGAAGAGCCACCAACACUACGUGUGAGGAACAAGGACAUUCCGAGGGGCUUCGCCAUCAACGUGGAAAAGGGCUGGGAGAAGCUUGUCCGUGAGAAACCGGGGGCCACUCUCCUCGCCCUGACCCACGCUCUAGAUCGAAAUCUCGAGGUCUUCUUAUCCGAACAGAAAGCCGAGACCAUCAAACUUGUGGCCUUCAAGGACACCAGGCACCAUGACGCCGUCGAACACUCGGUUUCACAAGCAGCGGCAAUGAAGCAGGCUUCCCCGUCCGCUCUCAGUAGCGUGCAGCCGCCAUCAAAACCUCAACGGUACCUGGAGCCAUCAUACUCGCAGGAGCAGAUUGCCGAGGCCAAAGCCAGGCGUGCCCAGGAAACACGUCAGAUCGAGACCCGCAUGGGUCGCCUUUCGUUAUAUCGCCGCUCUGCCGAUGGAAUUGUCUACACGUUGCCCGUAGAACCGAGACGGCGGUUUGAGCUCCCAGCGGGCUUGCAGGGUGUGAAAACGAUGCACUUCAUUGUGCCGCUGCUUUAUCCUCUACAACCCCUGAGGAUCCAACUCAACGAGGUGGAGUCUCUCGACGCGGAACCCUUGGAAGAACUAUUUGUGCAGAAGGCCAUUGAACAGAAGCAGAUGACCCUCAUGAGCCACGUCAACUACUUUGCCCAGAAUAUGCAUGUUCUGGCCAAGCAAGCCCAGGCGCAGCCGAAGCAACCUGAGGAGCCCCGGGAACCCGGACCAAAGUCCAAACCCGCAGCACCUAGCGUGCCGCAAAAGGCCGUUGUGAGCGACGGCUUGGACGACGAGCGAAGCCAUAUAAAGGUUAUUCCUCGUCCUCCCGAGUGGGCUCGCCGAGCUGGUGACCCGGAAGACGAAGAAGACUCCUCGGACUACAGUUACGACUCGAGCUCAGACGAUGGUUCUGAUACAGACGGCGCUCCGUUGACGGCUGAUCCAGGCGACUCAGUGCUGCCUUCUGGCUCUACCCGUGAACGCGGGAUAGCUCUGUCCUUCCCAGGCAUCGAGCUCCAUGCUAUCGAACUCUUGCGAGUCUCCAUCCUCAGCAUCAGCGUGAAAUGUGAGCGUUGCAAGACGGUCAACGAAAUCACCGGCCUGAAGGAUGAGACCGAGAAAAUGGCCUCCUGCCGAAAAUGUGCCGCCGGAUUCGCCGCCCGGUUCCGGUCAGAACUCGUCCAUCAGAACUCGGCCCGCGCCGGAUUCCUUGAUCUUGCGGGCGCCACAGUGGCCGAUAUGCUACCGAGCACCUUCGUUCCCGUCUGCGCCAAGUGUUCCACACCGUCUCCCGGACUCGUCUCGGUCCGCGGUGAGAGCACCACGAAUGUGUGCCGCGACUGCCACGGGAAAUUCAACUUCAAAAUCCCCGACGUCCGCUUCCUCCCGUACGCACCGGGGACUCUGACCGCCCCGGCGUCCGGGAACCCCGGGAAACAGGACAAGCUAGGGCUCCGCACGGGCGAACCGCUGCCCUCUCGUGGAGCCUGCGGCCACUACCGUAAGAGCUUCCGCUGGUUCCGCUUCAGUUGCUGCAACAGAGUGUACCCCUGCGACCGCUGCCACGACGAGGCGGAGGAGCAUCUGAACGAAUGGGCGAGUCGGAUGGUCUGUGGCUGGUGCAGUCGCGAGCAGCGGUACGCUGUGGAUUCAUGCGGUUUCUGCGGGCGGAGUGUCAUUGGCAGGAGAGGCAAGGGUUUUUGGGAAGGGGGCAAGGGGACCAGAGACAGGAGGUUGAUGAAUCGGAAGGACAAGAGGAAGCACAAGCGUGUUGGGCCAGGAGAGGCGGCGAGGAAAGACUGACCUCUUUUAUUGCUACUUGAUGCCUGACCUUCUUUGGACCAUACCCUCAUUCCGUUUGACAUGGAUCGACCUGUCGUCGUCAAUGGAUAGUCCAUCGCCAUGGCUACACCGAAUACACGAAAAGUCGAGGUACUGUGCUCGUCCUUCUCUUGUCUCACCGCGACUCUGCUGCUCGCUCGCUCCCAGGGUGUAGAGUCGUCAUAUGUACUUCGUAAUUCGCUCAUUCCCCGGGUGAACACAUGGAGUAUCGUCCGCCCUAUCAUGGCUGCAGUACAAAAAGCACACAUGUGAGAUAUCAGCAUUGUCAUUGGGCAAUAUCACCACUCGGGCAACCCAUUCCUCUCGUUCUUUCUUUGCAUCGAUUCUGUUAUGUUACCGAACAGUCAUACGUCUGCCGUCCAGGAACCCAUAUCCAGCCUCCUCCAAUGUCCGGACACGCAACUCAACCCUUCUGGGCUAGUCUGGAAC